UUAAAACAAUAACAACUAAUUUUAACUAUUUUUAUUUUUUUCCUGAUCCAUUUAGCAGCACCCAUGUUACAGUUUUAUUCCGAAAAUCCUGCUUCCGCAGAGUCAAAAAGUACUUCCGGUCUGUGCGAGACAGGCGGAACAAGCGGCCCUCCUGGUGGAACAAAGGGCAAGAGAGUAUGCUAGGAGUCUGAUCCGCAUCUUCCCAGAGACCUGCAGCCAUGUCGAAACGCCCAUCCUAUGCCCCCCCUCCUCCCCCUGCCCCGACAACGCAAAUGCCUUCCACCCCAGGGUUUGUGGGCUACAACCCUUACAGCCAUCUGGCCUACAACAACCUCCGGCUGGGAGGGAGCUCCGGAGGCUCCAGCAGGAACUCUUCAGGCAUCACCGUCCCAAAGCCUCCCAAGCCUCCAGACAAGCCCCUGAUGCCGUACAUGCGGUACAGCCGGAAGGUAAGCAGGAAGGUCUGGGACCAAGUGAAGGCGUCCAAUCCGGACCUGAAGCUGUGGGAGAUCGGGAAGAUCAUCGGAGGGAUGUGGAGGGACCUGACCGACGAGGAGAAGCAGGACUACCUGAACGAGUACGAGGCCGAAAAGAUUGAGUACAACGACUCUCUGAAGGCCUACCACAACUCGCCGGCCUACCUGGCUUACGUCAACGCCAAGAACCGGGCCGAGGCGGCCAUGGAGGAGGAGAGCCGGCAGAGGCAGAGCCGGCUGGACAAAGGGGAGCCGUACAUGAGCAUCCAGCCCGCCGAAGACCCCGACGACUACGACGACGGCUUCUCGGUGAAGCACACGGCCGCCGCUCGCUUCCAGAGGAACCACCGGCUCAUCAGCGACAUCCUCAGCGAGAUCGUGGUGCCCGACGUGCGCUCGGUGGUCACCACGGCCCGCAUGCAGGUCCUGAAGAGGCAGGUCCAGUCCCUCAUGGUGCACCAGAGGAAGCUGGAGGCAGAGCUGCUGCAGAUCGAGGAUCGCCACCAGGAGAAGAAGAGGCGCUUCCUGGAGACCACGGACUCCUUCAACACCGAGCUGAAGCGGCUUUGCAGCCAGAAGGUGGAGGUGGACAUGGAGAAGCUCGCGGCCGAGAUGGCGGCGGCUGAGGAGGCGGCCAGGCGGCGGGCGGAGGAGAGGGAGCGCGAGGCGGCCGAGCAGGCGGAGAAGGCGGCGGCCCAGCAGCAGCAGCAGCAGCAGGAGGGGGGGGGGGGGGGGGGGGGGGGGGGAGGAGGAGGAAGAGGAGGCCGAAGGCAGCAAAGCCGCAGAGCAGACGGCUGCAAACAGCACCGCCAGCACCACCUCAGGGACCAAAGAGGAGGAGGAGCCCGCCCCCAUGGAGACAGGUGA